CAUCACGACUUUCAUCGGCGCGUCGCAUCUUCACCUUCAACCUCUUCCUCGCCCAAUCACUGAUGGUUACUGCUCCGAGUCCACAUACUCCACUGAGUCUUGGCUGGGACAGCAACAAUUCAGCAUUAUGCUAACCGUAGCGUUGGCGUCCUCAUCCUGUACGGUACCCGUACCUGUACCCCUGGAGGGCUUUUCUCUCGCUAUGCCAUGUCGUAAGUGGUGCUGGUCGCGGCCAUGGCCCACGUUGAAGGAAACAUUCAUUCAUCAAUGGACGUCAAUGCAAUGCAAGUCAUGGGGGAGUUUGGUGUGGGUUUAGACAAAGAGGCAUCCACUUGAGGGCAAAAAGUUUGAUCUUCUUGUUUGUAUGUAGCUAUAUAGAUAUAGAUCUCCUGGUCCCUUCUCAUAUCUUAUACCCGAGCUGUUGCUUCUGUUCAUUUCAUGCCUCUUCUCUGAUUCAUUCAAACUCUGAGAGUUAUUAAAAGUUCUAUUCAUUUCUGAUAUUGCUUUCUCUUUCCUCAAUGCUAUCAAAACCCUUGUUUCCUUAACUUUCAUUCUUUCAACAUGCAUAUCCCCUGGGCGGAUCUAUUUACCGGGACGACUUUCGUUACUUCAGUCAAACCUUCAACUCAAGCUCGAGGCGUCACCACAUAUACUGAAAAGGCAAUUACUGCUAUCCAAGUUUUGAAUGAAGAAUUCUACAAUUCUGCCACCGGUGUGUGGGAUAAUGCUUGGUGGUCGAGUGCAAAUAUCAUAACCACCCUCGCUGAUUUCUCAACUCUACGUCUCGAAGAAGCCAACAAGUUAAAUAUUGGAGGAGUUCUCGCCACAACCUACGAAAACGCCCAAAAGACAACGGUCCAUACCAUGAAGACAAUGACAAACGGCCUCGUUGCUUCUUCCUACUGUAUAGACUCAAGCUCAGGUUGUAUGAUGAAGCGGGGUUUCUUGGGAAAACGUGGUUUCGACGACUUCCUCAACGAGUUCUACGACGACGAAGGCUGGUGGGCUCUGGCAUGGAUCAGAGCAUCGGAUGCAACUGGCAACGACCAGUAUCUCGAGGCUGCUAUCGACAUCUUCAACGAUAUGCAGACCGGCACAAACACACCUUGCGGCGGCGGUAUAAGGUGGAAGAAGGAGGGAGAGGAUGGCUCAGGCUACGUCAAUGCGAUUGCAAACGAACUAUAUCUCGCAACUGCUGCUUCGUUAGCACGACGUGUCUCAAAGAACAGCACAUACCUCGACAUAGCCAAGAAGCAGUGGAACUGGUUCUCCGACAGUGGCAUGAUAAACGAGAAGGGACUUAUUAACGAUGGGUUGAACGGCAAAUGCAAGAAUAACGGUCUUCAGACUUGGAGUUACAACCAAGGAGUCAUUCUGGGCGCUCUCGUCGAACUUUCGCUUGCCACAGGAGACGACGCUUACACCGACAAAGCUCACAAGAUCGCCUAUGCUGCCAUUAAGGAACUUACCAACAAAGAUGGUAUCCUUAUCGAGAGUGACGGUUGUGAGACCAAGGAGGGUCACUGUGGCGCAGACGGACAGCAGUUCAAAGGCAUCUUUGUCAGAAACCUUCGAUACUUGCACACUGUUUCACCAAAGCCCUUGUACCGUCGCUUUAUCACGAAGAACGCCAUCUCCAUUUGGAAGAAGAGCCGCAGCAAAGACAACAAGCUAGGCGUUUCCUGGGCUGGGCCUUACAUUGAUGCCACUGGCCCCUCGCACAGCAGUGCUUUGGAUGCUAUAGUAGCAGCGAUCGCAGUUUCAAACUUAUGAUUUAGAGCGGGAAAAAGACUGGGCGUCAUGGAUGGGUAAAAGAACAAACUAGGGAUUGGAUUUAUUGGCGAACCUGGGUUAUUUCAUUGGGCAUAGAGGAACACGGCUUACGAGCAUCAGACAAGACAGGGUCUGUGACUCCUGGUUUAUCUUAUUUGUUAAUGGUUGAUACCCCCUUAGAGGAUUUGGAGGACAGACAGGUAGCUGGAGCUAUGUAAAGAGAAGAUAUGGAGGCUUGAGGCGCUCAUAGACGGACAGACAUUCUUGAUAACUGUGUAAACAUAAUCAGUUUGGACAGUAUGACGAUACACUAAAAGUGAAAACAUCUAUUG